AAGAAAAACCGCCAGGCUUCUCAGGGCUUCCUAAGCCAAACACCAUCAUCGUUACAGGCAUCGAACAAAAAGACCGCCUGAACAAUUCACCGCUAAACUUUACCCAACCACCCGCCCGCCUCCAGCAGCAACAGCAGCAACAACAGCACCCAGCCAGCCCAUCUCGGUUCCAGCGAUUCGACUCGCCAGUGGACCCAACAACACGACACAACAGCAACAGCAUCAGCAACCCCCCCGCCUUCAGCAACAACAACAAAACAACAAUGGCGCGCUCCAAGAAGGCCGAAGAGCAGAAGCAGCUGGCCCCGGCUAUGCAGCCUCACCCUCAGGCUGUCGCCCCAGCUCCUCUUCCUCCUGUCCCCGCUGUGCCCGCCAUCAACCCUCAAGGCCGCACCAUCGACGUCAGCAACUUCAUUCGUGUCCGCGACAGCGUUUAUUCGCGCUUGACUACCAUCCAGGGCAUAAUAGGAUCCUUUGCCGCGGACUACCUCACGCAGACCAACCUGCUGCUUGGAGAACCCGCUCUUCUCAAUGGCGAUGAUGUUCUCAACCAGAACCUGGAGAGCCUGCUGAAUGUUCAGCCCGUCGUCGCUGCCCCUCCCAUUCAACCCCUCCCUGCUACUCCUGUCGUCCCCGCUGUCGAUGAGAAGAAGGAGCGCAAGAAGCGCCAGCAUGAUCCCAAUGCUCCUAAGCGCCCUCUGACUCCUUACUUCCUCUACAUGCAGACUGCCCGUCCUAUCAUUGCUGCAGACCUAGGCGAGGGCGUCCCCAAGGGUGCCGUCCAGGAGGAGGGCCAGCGCCGCUGGGCCUCCAUGUCUGCCCAGGAGAAGCUGGGCUGGAACCAAGCCUACCAGUACAACCUGCGUCUGUACAAUGCUCGUGUCCACUCGUACAAGGCGGGCAACGUGAGUGCCAAGGAAAUGUCCGAUGAGGAGGCUGUCCGCUACUGCGAGGAGUUCAACAUUCCUAUGCCCCCAGUUGGCGGCGUCGAGGUCGAUCCUGUCAACGACAGCGCGGCCAUCGCUGAGCAGCUGCAGCAUCAUGCUGCUGUUCCUGCCGCUGUCGAGGAGCCGACCAGCAAGACGCCCAAGGCCAAGGCAUCCCGCAAGCGCAAGAGCGAGGUCGAGCCCGCGCAGGCCACCCCCGCGGCGGCUUCUACCGGUGCUGCCAGCCCGGACAAGAAGCGCAAGAGGACAACUGCUAAGCCGGCGGUCCCCUCCCAAUAUGAUCAUGCUAUCGACCCGGCUCUCUUCCAAUUUCAACGAUGAUACCUCUUCUGUUCGGUGCGGCUCUCGACCUGUUUUCAGCCAGUUCACUAGCAAACCAAAGAAAAAGAGAAGAAAAAAAAAAAGACCAAGAAGCAAACUUGUCGGUCUCGCCUCCUUGUCUCGACAGCAGGCUCGGACCUGAUGAUUGAUGUCUUUUCGCCAAACGCCACAACGGCCAACAUGGCGUGUUAGUAACAAAAACACAGCAAGAACCGUCUUGUUCUUCCGCCGACCUUCCCCCUUCUGGUCCCAGAGAAGGCUUAUCCCGGCAUUCGACACUUUGUUCGCCGUGCCAACAUCCAGGGACUUUGGGCACACUCUGCAUAUGACACCAGAGGAAAGUAUGAACAUGCUGUUGUGGAAAUUGGCCUUGUUAUUUUCCCUUUCUCUUUCUUUUCGUCUUGUCUGGCUUGUGUGAUUUUACUUUACUUGCCUUGGUGUGCGACCACGGAAGUGGUCUGUCUUGAAUGGGCUGGUAGGAAGGGGAGGGGAGGCGGCGACGGAACUACUGGAAAAAUGACUUGGGUCUACUGCUUUUCAUCCUAUUGACUGACGGCUGACCUGGUGGUCAUGAAUGGAAGAAGUAUGGACGGCUGGAGCCCGUCUCGGCAUGUUAAGUGGAGGGCGUAUCGACCCUGGCAGGCCGGACGGAAGCCUUAUGACUUGUUUCUGUAGAUUCUGUUUCGGAGUGUAACUACUAGUACUAGUUUUCGUGUUUGAAGGGAGUACCUGGUAUAUGGUUUGAGCUGCAGGCAAUUACGAGAAUGAAAUUCUGAUUUGCAC